AGAUUUGCUCGUUCAUCGGAACGCUCUGUUGGUCUCUUCUGCUGCUGUAUACCCCGGAAACCUCCUAUAUCUGACGACCAACCCGAUCUAUAAGCUUCUAGCUUUGCUAACGCUCCUCUUACCCUGCUCCUUCUGUCUCCGCGUCAUAUCCCUGCUCUAAUUGCUGCUCUCGUUUUUAUUGUUUAACGUUGCUUUCACGACCAGCCCGACUGUAUAUUCUUCCUGCUUGAACCACCGCGAAAAUCAUGUCUGCUGCGGAAAAGAACGAGGCUGAGGUGUUGCGCCCCAUUCUCAUGAGGUCGAGCACUCCAGCCCCUAGCGAGAAAGUGCUCCUCUACCUGGAGAGUAUGUCCAGAGAAGAGAUGAUGUCGGAUCCCGAAGAGCUUUCACCGUCCAUCCGAGGCGACGACGAGCCGCCCAUGAGCCCGGGCAGAUGGAAUCCGCGGUCCCCCAGACUAACUGGUGGGUCUGACUUCCGCCCAACUUCACCGGGCAACGGCCUGCAGGGCCUCCGCAAUGGGUCGGAAGCAGUCUAUGCGCCCGCAGACGGCGCGCGGGACGACGACCUGGACUCGAACGUGCAGGAAAGGGGGACCAUGCUCGGGCGUGAGCCUGGCCCCGAGGAUGAACCCGGGCCCCGUUACAUUUCAUAUGGCUCCGGCCCUUCUUUCGGGAACCUGGGACCCCUCCGCGAUAGCGGCUUUGACGGUGGACCGUACAACGGUUUUCACAGUACACCUCACCAUGCCGCCCAAGUCCCUCUUCCUGGCUCCGUGGCAUCACCGCGCGCCGCCAGUAUCAACAUCGAGAUUGAGAUAGAGCCGCCUUCGAGCUCGUCGAACCGGGCUCGGACCCGGUCAGCUCGUGGCUCUGAACGCGACGAUGCAACUGUUACCGGCCAAGGCAAGACACCCUCUGCCAUGGGCAGCAAAGUCGGCACAGCAAGGGGUGAGCCCGACGGCCGGCCGCUGUCCCCCCGUUCCGCCAUAUCUCGUGGCCCGUCACAGAAAUCAGGAGCCACAGGGAGAAACGGAUAUGCGCCAAAUGGCAGUGUAGUCGACGGAGCGAAGUCACCCAAGCCGCUCUCCAAGGCGCCUUCUAUCUCCCCCUCCGACUCCCCAUCCAACUUCAAGCCCAAGACGAACGGCAAGGCGAGCAUGUCCCAGCGCGCCAUGAGCCCCGUCCGCGAGCAGGCAUCACCGCGCAGCCAACCUCGCGAGGUUGCGUACCAGAAUGGAGUACGCUCGCAUGCCUCUGGCAUGUCUGGCCAAAAUCUCAAUAGGGCGUUCUCUCCUCACCGCCACGCGCCCACUACGGAGGACUUGUUCCACGUAGCGAUGAUGAACGGCGCAAUGUCCCCAACACGCGAGAAACAACCCUCCGUAACAGGUUCACGAAUGAACGGGAACCGCUCGGUCGCGAACGACCCCGCUGCAACGCCCACGCCCUCUCGCCCGCAGUCCCCGCUGGAGAUGGACCAGCGCGACGAGAAGACGGUGCAGGAGUUGCUCUCGCGCAGGAUGUCCCGGACGUCCAUGGCGUUCUCGAACAUGGACGGCACGGAUAUCCACGCCUCACAUUUCCAUGACGGGGAGCUGUGUGUGCUGCUGCAUGCGCUCGAUGACUCGAAUUUGGACAAUAUUGUGAAGAAGGCCGUGCAGAAGGCCGUUCGGCAGAGGAUCAAGAAGUUGGGCUUGAAGUACGAUAACGAGUCGAUUAAACAGUAUCGCAAGUCAUUCCAUAAUCAUGACCCCGAGGUUCACAUGGAACCCAAUUUCGUACCCACACUCACUUCGCAGGAGCCUCCUGAUUGGGCGAAGGAGCUCAUGCAAGGCAUGAUUAUAAUGCAGCAGAGACUGGAAGGUCUUGGUCCCAAGAUCGACAGUCUCAAGUCUGCACGGGGCGACUCGUAUGUGGACGACGGUCGUAGCUACCGCCGCGAUCACCAUUACACGCAGUCAGAGCUCGACCAGUACGGCCAAACACCGAUGACGCAGACGGUCAACAUCCAAACCGCCCAACCAACCGGAACCGUCGCGGACUCGAUGUUCCAGGCUCCGGAGACGGAAAUCAUAGGUCAGUCCACCAUUGGGCCCACGCUGCCGGGUUCUAUGCAUCAUCAUGACGGCUCUACUCACGGCCUUGGACAAGAAGACGAGUACGAUGACGAUCCCCACCACGGAUACGCCGGCCAGGACACAGAGACGCGCGAACCAAUGAGUGAGUUCAUGAUGGGCCGCGACGAUUCCCCCGGGCAGCAGUACCUCGAAGAAGAGCUGUACAAACUUAGAGUGAAGCCGACCGGGAGUCAGUCCGCGAUUUCCCACAAGACCUGGGAAGUGGCGAGGGAUGGCGGGGAAUAUGAAGAGGACCCAGACGGGCACGCCGCUAUUACCGAGUCAGGCAUGCCGGAGAUUCCUGAUGGGAAUACCGGCAUAUAUACGAGGAAGUCUUCCCCUCCUUUGCCGCCGGUUCCCCGCGACAGUCGACAGGAUAUGGCAGCGUCCGGGUGGCAAAAUGAUUACGGGAGCGAUGCGCCGCCGAUACCUCCUUGGCAGAGAGUCCACCAACGCUUGUUGAGUUGGGCCAUCGUAUGGCCCAUGUCCGAGCUGGAUGCUGCGCUCAACAGUACCACCCGUGGUCACCAGGUCGACGAGGUAGCGCUGAGCAUCUGGUCGACGCAGACCUACAAGCGCUACGUGAGGAGCAAAUUGACUGAUUCUCCUCAGGGCCGCGUUGAUCGUCUGUUCGUGCCGCCGAACAUGGCCGACGCUAUCAGUAACGCUGUGUACAAUGGUCGGCACGGCGAUGCCUGCGCGAUGCUCCGCGAUUUAUGGGGCCCCUUCGGACUGGAAGGGAUGCCUAGGUUGUUGAUCGUGUUGGCCAAGCAUCGAUCAGAUGAUAGCCACUGGGUUGUGCAUCGGUUCUCAUUGCCAGAUGGAUCAUUGACUACCUACGACACCUUCCCGGAACGUUGUUUACCAGAUGGACGCCCUCUCGGAUGGUGGUUCGCUAUCCGGAUCGCCUGGCCUAAUGCGAUCUACCCCAGUCCCGACCAUCUUAUGCAGAAAAUGGUCCGCCUUCAUCGACCGCUGCAGCUGGCCAUUGACAAUUCGGUCGCUGCAGCAGGUAUCUGGCGAAACUUGCUUAUGGGAUCCCGUGCGGAGCGAAGCGUCGAUCUUGAGCGGCUCCGAGAUCUCAUCAACACCGAAGUCAAGAACUUGCGACAGAGGAAGGAGAUGGGCAAGCUCUCGAUCAGCCCGCCAAAGCCCAACUGGGAAGACAUGAACUGAUGACCACAACCUCUGCUCUUUAGUUCCUCGUUAGACUGUUUGUAUGUUCUGUACUGCGCUUUCUUUCCCUAUGUAUUCUCAUGACUGGAAGCCGCUGGCAUCUGUUUGUAGUUGUACGUGGGUGAGGGGAUUCCCGCGUGGAAUUUCAGGAUGGACACUUGAUGAGUGUAGUUAGAUAGUUUACGAUGCCGCUGUUAUUGCAGUAGUAGACGGGGAUCGCAGAAAUUGCUAUAGGCCUUCCAUCACGGAAGUAAGCAUCUGCACCGAGUCGUCUGCUGUUUCAUUUACUCUCGAAAGAGGUCCCUUCGUGUUGGCAUGGUAAAUUGCUUGAGCCUGGCUGUCGAGGUGGACCCGAACUUCCGCUGCCUGAGCCCCAGACAUCUUCUUGGUGCGCCUGUCCCUUCUCGCUGCCUUCAAGGCAGAGGCCUUUGGAGCCUUUAUUGUUGUGGACGUCUUAGCAUGCUUUCUCAUCGCCUUUGACAUGAGCGACCAGACGACCAGGAUCGACACCGACGUCCUCGAUUCGAC